AUGGCUCGUACUAAGCAAACUGCGCGAAAAUCUACCGGUGGCAAAGCGCCCCGAAAGCAGCUGGCUACGAAGGCUGCCCGGAAGAGCGCUCCUGCCACUGGCGGCGUGAAGAAGCCUCACCGAUACCGCCCCGGCACUGUGGCGCUGCGAGAGAUCCGCCGCUACCAGAAAUCGACCGAGCUGCUGAUUCGUAAGCUGCCCUUCCAGCGGCUGGUGCGUGAGAUCGCGCAGGACUUCAAGACCGACCUGCGUUUCCAGAGUUCGGCCGUGAUGGCCUUGCAGGAAGCCAGCGAAGCCUACCUCGUGGGGCUCUUUGAGGACACCAACUUUGUCAUACUUCUCGCCAUGUCUGGGCGCGGUAAAGGAGGCAAAGGUCUUGGAAAAGGGGGUGCCAAGCGGCAUAGGAAAGUGCUGCGGGAUAAUAUCCAAGGCAUCACUAAACCUGCUAUCCGUCGUCUUGCUCGGCGCGGCGGCGUCAAGCGAAUCUCGGGGUUGAUCUAUGAAGAAACCCGUGGGGUGCUCAAGGUCUUCUUGGAGAACGUGAUCCGGGAUGCCGUGACUUACACUGAGCACGCCAAGAGGAAGACUGUGACUGCUAUGGACGUGGUGUAUGCACUCAAACGUCAGGGUCGCACUCUCUAUGGUUUCGGUGGUUGAGUUUUCGGCCUGUGUUUAAAGUUUUUUUUUUUUGCAUUUUCCCCUUUUUCCCUUCCGUUCCUUCCCCUCCCAUCCCCUUUCCCCUCCCCCAAUCUUUCCUAAGGCUCUUUUCAGGGCCACCACUGUUUCUCUUAAAGAGCUGUUUUACUAGGGUUGAGGUAAUUGUGAGUUAAGACUGAUAAUGGGAAUUAUGAGGUCCACAUCUAUUUCUGAUUAUCUGGGAAGUCUCAGUCCUUGGACGGCUGGAAGUAAGCGUUAUGUAUAACUCGAAACGGGUUGAAGACGAGACGGAAAAGAUCUUAAAAUGCUAAGGGUAGAG